CCAGUAGUCAGAAAAAAUGCAGGUUAUGUAAACUGUAGUCUAGUUAAUUUGUAAAACGGAGUGUUUUCUUUGCUUUUAUUUUUCUAAAUUCUCACUUUUCAAUUACAAAAUAUGGUAUCACAAACAUUAGCUCUUCUUGUUCGUUCGCGCGGCCCAGAUGAGUUCUGGAGGAAGAGAAAGAUCUUUAAAAUGGCUGCACAUUAUCGCAACCGAUCGAGGAAUUGUUAUUCCAUAGCUAUCAGAAGUGUCCACCGAGCUCUGGUUUAUGCGACCAAAGGACGCAAGCUUAAAAAACUGGACAUGGCUGAGCUCUGGAAGACUCGGGUUGAAGCUGGUUGUAAUCAAUAUGGAAUUUCUUUCGAUUCCUUCAAAGAAGGUCUUAUCCGAAGUGACAUUUUGCUCAACAAAAAGGUCUUAGCUGAUCUAGCCAUCUGGGAGCCCAAAUCCUUCGAAUCUCUGGUUAAAAUAUCCCGAGAGAGAGCAGCGGUUGAUGGACUACCUGAUCUUAAAGAAAGAUCUACAAUGAAUCAAGUCUAUGGUCUGUCUAACAUGAUGAAUGAUAUGAAAAUAAAGUAAUAAGUCAUAAAACAA